CUUUUCUAUUAGACGCCGGUGUCGGUGGUUUCGGUUGAUAUUAAGACUCGCUGAAAUCCUUUCCCCCUUCUUCUUCCUCUGGGGUCAGUAACCUGUGGAGACAGCAACACGGAUUUACUUCAAACUGGAUUUAUCUGUGGCGGAGUUUAAACGGCCUCGUCGUCUGUUUUUCGAGGCAGAAGUUUUUUUGUUGCUAUUUUAUUCUUCAAUAAAGACUUUAAAGAAAAAAUAACAUUAUAUUUGUCAUUAACGAAGGCAUUUGUUUCACCUGCUGUAAAAAAAAGUCAGGGAAAAGUGACUGACAAGGCCUUGGACCACCUGUUCUGAGGAGACACGGAGAGAAGGAAAGAAGGAAAAAGGAAGGAAGCUAUUCCCUUUUGCUUCCUACUGUAUACAGAUGUAUGCUGAGAAAGGUCUGUCGGAGGGGAAGAUGGCGAACAGGGGACUCUCUCUGACCUGUGUGUUGACGCCCUGCCGUGUCAUUGGGGCGUGUAUGACCCUGAUGACCUUGGGAGCAGUCGGAGCCGCCGUCUGGGCCGUAGUUUCGUAUUGUACAAUGGAGGAAGACUCCGGGCUGUAUGAUGUCCAGGUGACUUCUCUUGACCAACGUCUCAGAGUCUUUGACCCCGCCCACAAGAGGUGGCGACAGGUGUGUUCCUCCUCAGCUAAUGAGCUGCUAGCUAGCAUCAGCUGUGAAGAAGUGGGCUUUGUCAGUAUGGUGAAUUACUCGGUCACAUCGGUGCCGGAGGCCAGCGGAGACGGCGGGGAGUUCUUCUGUGUCCGAGAGCAAGAGCUCAGCUACGGCAAGAAAAUCGAAGAUUCAUUGUUCCCAUGUGACUGUGAAAGCAGGGAGGUUCUCACACUUCUGUGUCAAGACUGUGGCAGGCGUAGUUUCGCAGCGGACCGUAUAGUUGGAGGUGUGGAUGCCAGGCAGGGCGGCUGGCCUUGGCAGGUCAGACUGGAGUACGAUGGAGUCCAUCAGUGUGGAGGCGCCAUCAUCUCCAACCGCUGGAUCGUCUCUGCAGCUCACUGCUUCAGAGAGCGAUAUCGCACCGUUAAUCGCUGGCGUGUGCUGCUGGGCUCGAUCUACAGCAAACCAGUUAACGCUAACGUGGCGGAGGUGAACACCAUCGUUUACCACAGCAGCUACCUGCCCUUUGUGGAUGCUAGCAUCGACGACAACAGCAGGGACAUCGCUGUUCUUGCCCUCACACAGCCCCUCACUUUCAACGAAUAUGUGCAGCCUAUUUGCCUGCCAGCCUAUGGUCAAAGACUGGUAGACGGACAGAUGGGAACAGUAACAGGCUGGGGAAAUAUAGAUUACUAUGGUAUUCAAGCAGAUAUUCUGCAGGAAGCGAACGUCCCCAUCAUCAGUGACGCUGUGUGUAACGGUCCUGAUUACUAUGACAACCAGAUCACCACCAGUAUGUUCUGUGCUGGUUAUGAGAAAGGAGGCACUGACGCCUGCCAGGUCAGAGGAGACAGCGGUGGCCCUCUUGUUGCAGAAGACUGCUUCUCUAAGAGCAGGAGGUAUCGUCUGAUGGGGGUGGUGAGCUGGGGGAUCGGCUGCGCCUUGGCCAAGAAACCGGGCGUCUACACCCGAGUGUCCAGAUUUCUGCCCUGGAUGUCUACGGCCAUGAGGAACUAUAACAACACGCCGGGGCUUCACAAAAUGGCCCGAACUUGAGAUUCUUGCUCUUAUGUUUUCACCUUUUUCUGCUCUUGAAUGGAGAGCUGUGACGUUCUCCACAUAUCAUGGUUGUUCAUUCCCCUUCUUAACUAAAACGUUUUUCAUAUUGUGGAUUCAACCUCUUCCUGAACCUAAACACAACAUAAAUUCCCACCAAGACUCCUAAUAAACAGACAGACAGGGCUCUUUAAAAAACAAAGACUUAUGGAAGUAGAUUAACUUACUUUUUUAAAGGUGUUCAGACAGUUUUUAUAUCAAUGGAUCUGGACAAAAACAGAGAGAAUCUUUUUUCCUGAAACUCUCCAAAUCUCUUAACACAGAGGGGACACAUUUGUAUCUAUAAAAUACAUGAAAAAGUGAAUUUUGCAUAAUAGGUGACCUUUAAAGUAAAAAAAACUGAUUAAAAAAAAAGAUCGCUUUAUCACAAUAUAAGAUGCAAUUUUUGUAAAAAAUCAAUACAUUGAAUUCAGCCUUGUAAAUUCACAUUUAAAAAUUAUAGAUGUAAUAACAAGGGUUCAUUAAUGAUGAGUUUAAAUUCGUUAUGUCUAGGUGUUACUCUGUCCCAUGUGGGUCACUUUCUUCAGUGCUGGAUUUACUGCACAUUUGAUUUGUAACAAUGAUCAGUUAAGAUCUUGAGCAAACUCAACUCUUUUAGUACUUUUACAUUGUGCAACUCUAAGAAGCAGGCAACACACACACACACACACACACACACACACACACACACACACACACACACACACACACAAUGAGAUAUCUAAGAAAACCAUGAACUUGUGUGUUCUAUUUGGUAAAAUCACAGCACACGUACAACUUUUCACAUCUUUUUUUAUAAUUAAACUCUAGUGUAAUACAUGUUAUGUCUUUUUAUAUGCAGUAUACUGAGUUUUGUAUACAAAAUUAUUAUUAAUUCAAGAUCUGUCUUCAUAAAAUCCCCACAUGGAGUUGAUGCUUCUAUUGAAAACAGUAUGUUGUUAAUGUCUUGUAAAUAUUAGUAAGGUUUGUUUAUGUAGAUGUUUAUUUGAGACAUGUUGCAUUUGAUUGACAUAUCUCAAAGCCAACUGGCAGGAGUGUGUAUACUCAAUCAUGACCAAUAGUAUUAUAUACUAAAACGCCCCCUCUGCUACUACAGUAAUACUUCAAAUAAACCACCAAUAUUUCAGCAAUAUGAUAUACAAUAUAGAUUGUGUCACUAUGUCAGAUGCACACUUGUAUGGUUGAGAUUAAAGUGGCAGGGUGCUUUAAAUCUUUAUAUUGCUUUUACAUUACGUUGACCUUACACUUUAAAAUAAGAGUGUUUUAUUGUAUUACAUUGAGACACACAAAAGGACAAAAGCACUGGAUUUUAGAUUUGACUACACUGUGAAAUGUGGAUGUUUGAGACGACACACUUUAAGGGAAAUGUAAGCACAAUAUGAUAGCACACUGAAAAAUGCACAACUGUAUUUAGAAAAAAGUCUAAAUUCUUAUGUGGAAUUCUACUAUUGAAUCUGAAUCCAUAAAGUCCAAAUUACUUCCCAGAAGUGUUACAUUUGAUCGAUGAAGUGAUGCAUGUACAUUUAUGGCAAUUUUCAUGUGUGAAAGAGAAAAUUGAUAUUGUUAAAUGUAAAUUGUAGCAUUGUGUAUUGUAUUGAAAUAAAAAUAAAACAAUUUGCCCAUA